AUGGGAUGAUGUCAGUACAGGUUAGAAUUGCACUGAAGACAACAGGUGUGCACAGUUUACACAGAACCAGCGUGCUCUCAGACUGACAGCUGCCAGCACUGACGGAUUUCCCAACAGCCUCCCGAUCUUUUGGAAUUAGCAGCAGAGCGGAAGGCCUGACAAUGGCCAACUUUGGAGGACAUGCCAUUCCCGGCGCCUUUUUCCUGAUCUACGGCUUUUGGUUGACAGUGAAAUACAUUCUCCGCCACUACUGGAGGACUACUCAGCCUAAAGGGAGGCAAAUCAUGCCGUCUUUCUUCAAAAGAAUGGAGUACAUUGAGGGGGGAUUUGCCAUGUUUGCUGCAUUUGUUGGUAUUAUGGUUGAACAGUUUGUGGUGGAUGGGCCGCAUGCCCACCUUUAUGAUGGCAAUUCAUGGGUCAAGCUGAUGAACUGGCAGCACAGCACCAUGUAUCUGUUCUUUGGGAUCUCUGGGAUCGCCAUUGUUGCCAAUACCGCAUCCACACUGGUGCCGGCUGGUGUUGACCGCCUUGCCAUCUCCUUGGCUCUUUUCGUUGAAGGGUUUCUGUUCUAUUACCACGUGCACAAUCGACCCCUUCUGGACGCUCACAUCCACACCAUGCUGCUGGUGGCGGUGUUCAGUGGAUCGGCCAGCACCAUGCUGGAGGUGUUCGUGAGAGACAACAUUGUUCUGGAGCUGCUCCGAGGAUGCCUGUUCAUCCUGCAGGGCUCGUGGUUCUUCCAGAUUGGAUUUGUGCUUUACCCAUUAAGUGGACCACAGUGGGACCUGGAACAACAUGGCAACGUCAUGUUUGUCACAAUGUGCUUCUGCUGGCAUUUAGCAGUGGCACUGCUUUUGGUCGGCACCACUUUCUCAGUGGUUUGGUUCACUAUAAAGCGAUUCUCCGGAAAGGGACGGGACAUAGAGAUCGGAAUGCGAAAUACAUCCUCCAAAUCAAGCUCCCAGAAAGCUUUGCUUGAAGAGUCGGAUGAAGAGUGA